CUUUCCUACUCCCAAUGGCGAAUCCUAUUCCCCUCCCCACGGUCCCAGAAGACACUCUUCACUAUGUCAUACAUCUUCCUCGGCUGGAAGAACCCCUCACGGCAGCUCUCCUCGUUACUGAGCACGUCCACUCGCUUCUUCCGGAACGCUGGCUAUGGAACAAGGACCCAUGGGAGCUCAAAGUGGCCACAGAUGACGAUCACAAACUGGAAGGAAGAAUGAGAGUAGGGGAUGCGGUAGAUGAUGAGUGGCUGGUGGUAUGGCUCCUUACACAAGUCUCUAAAAAGUGGCCAGAAUUUAUCAUUAGUGUAAGGGACACGGAUGGAGAGUUUCUUCUUAUUGAAGCCGCGAAUGAGCUUCCUUCUUGGGUGUCACCCGAUAAUGCCAAUAAUAGAUUGUGGCUCUCAAAUGGUCACCUUCACCUUCUCCCACUAAACAUACACUCACCUGCACCUCCACAUCAGCUCCCCGAUGACCUCACAUUUGACUCUUCAAUUUACCUCUCUGAGACUGAUGCUCUUCGGGCCGUACAGACCGGCAGAUAUCUUGCUCCCAAAGAGGUCGAGAACGUUGUAUGGGAAAGAAUAAAGGGCUAUCCGGAAGCGAUGAAAACCCAUCUUCAUCAGACCAAAAUCUAUCUGCCUGCUGGCAUCGCCAAAGCACUCAAUAGGAAACCCGAAUUGGUACAGAAAGCUGUAGAAGCUUUUUACGUUCGAGAUCCUGCCCAACUUCGUGCCGCUUCACGAAUGACACACUUUCCACCCUCCCCUUCAAUCCUUAGUCAGCUCACUCUCACUCGCGCUGCUUACGCCCAGCUGCAAGGGCAGGUUUUCCAUCCACCCAGAGUCUUUGGCCCUGAAUGGAAUGUCCGCGACCCUCCCUCUUUGGACGCUACCGAAGGCACUUACAAACACCUUGAGAAUGAGCGACGGUGGAGAGAUCUAGGUGUUAAACUCGCCACUGGUUUUGAAAUUAUGUACCGUGAAGGCGGUAGAAAGUCUCGUUCGGGAGCUACAGGCGAGUCGGUGGAUAGCGCCGAGGAUAAAGGAUACGCAUCCUUCCUUGAGGGAAUCAGGAAGGCUGGGUGGUUUGGAAAUGAGCUGGAAGGUAGUCAAAAGUGGAAAGAGAGAGAAGAAAAGGCAAGGAAAGGUUACAUAAAUGCCAAGUCUGCAGAUAUUGCAUCUCAAAGACCUUCAUUUGCCUACCUAGUAGACAAUGCCAUUGCUUCAUGCUCAUUGUCUCUCGAUCAACUUGCCGUUUCAGAAGAUGCCCCCGAAGACAAUGACGAUUGGCUCCAAAUUUCCCCUGACGAACUCGAUUCAAUGAUGUUGCAUGCUUCAGGUCAGGCAAAGCAGUCAGAUAAGCAGGACGAAGAGCAAAGGAAAAGGGAAAAUGUGGAACUCACUGAAGAGGACGGAAAGGCACUUGGCGAUUUAGCGAAGAAGGUACAAGAGUUUGUUGGGGGCCAAGGUGAUCUCCAGGGUGCCCAAUUCGUCGACGAGUUGUCUGACGAAGACAUGGACUCUGGCUCUGACUCUGACAGCGAAGAAUUGCAAGCUCAUAAAGACAAGCUUGAGGCCGAGAAGCAAGCGAGAAUGGAUAGUCUCGUCCCAACUCUUCCCGCUUCCGACUGGGGACGCAAAGUUCACAUCUCCGAACAAUCCCAUCAAUUACCAGUAGCAAUAAAUCAAUCAUUAACGUCUCCAAAAGCGGACGGCAAGAAGAUUGACCCUCUCGAGUUCAUCCCUUCUAAAAUGCGUCCUCCUCGUUUUGCUAAACAAGAAUUCGACGGUGUCGUCUCUGAUUCCGAAUCUGACUCUGAGUCAGACCUUCCUGCUGAAGGUACUUGGGGGAGGAAAGUUGCGCAGAUGAAAUGGAGUGAAUUUCCACCCGUGGAUCUUGAGGAUAACCAACAGGCAAGGAUUGAAGAAAUCGAGGAGGAGGACGAGGAUGAGCAACAGCGUAAAGCAAAGUUACGACUGGGCGAGGACGUUGAUUUGGAAGAGGAGAUGCAGAGGCGCGUCUGGGGUGAUAGAGGAGAGGACGAGGAUGAAGAUGAAGACGUGGCCGCUGGAGGAGAAGAAGGGGUUGAUAUUGAUAUGGAGGAUGAGACGGAGGAGUUCCUCAAGUUCUCGAGGGAGGCUCUGGGGAUCAACGAUGAGAUGUGGGAGGGUAUCUUGGGCGAUCGUCGAGCCAGAGGAGCCUUUGUUCCGCAACUGUCUGGCAAGGUUAAGCGUAAAGACGAGCUACCGGCGAAACUACAGCCACGAGAUUCCACCAGCAAAAAGGUCCAGUUUGCCGAGGCUGACUUUCCCUCCAAAUCAGCUUCACAGUCAUCAGCCACUACCCAAUCGCCUGAUCAAUCGAACACAUCUUUAAAUUCUUUUGAGACCGUCAUGCGUGCUAUGGACGAAGCACUCGCUCGCUCCCGAGACGGACCUUCCACCUCUCAACCAAGCCAGCCUAAGUCAUCCAACAAAUCAAAAAACAAGAAAUCGACUUCCUCCGCCAAUCCUUUACCGCCUACCUCGCAGACCAAUGAUGUUGAUCUUGAUGCAUUCUCAGAGGAUGACAUUGCAGCGAUGGAUCGCGAGUUACGUUCUGUCUUAAAGGGUGCUGGUAUAGACCCUGAUGACUCGGAUGAUGAUAUUGAAGAGGUCGGCGAGCUUGACGUGAAUCAAAAGAGAGAGUAUGAGAUGAUGAAGAAUUUCUUGGAAAGUUUCAAGUCUCAAGGAGGGGAAAGCGGUGUUGUGGGGAAUCUCUUUGGGCGACUGUCAGAGAAGCAUUGAAGAAUAGACAGACCAUUGUUGGGAUUUACUUGUCGGUAGUGCAGACUUUAUUACACCCCAAGUACUUAUUUAUAUUGUUACCUAAAACCGUCCUCCUUCUCAUAAGCUUGCAACUGGGACAGUUUUUUUAUAUGAUCACGAGCCGAGAUUCUGAAGCGCAAAAAUAUGAUUAUUCAUAAAAUGUCGUAAAGUAUGCAAUGUGCUGAAGACC